AUGUGGCACUCAAGGCCCGUCUCCGGGAACUGGAACCCCCUUCAUCUUCCACAGCUCGAAGGCCUGGACUCCUCUCUGCAUGCCGCGGGGAAUCAGCGGCCUCCGCUGGGCCCUUUCUCACGCCGCAUUCAACAAGCUGCGGGCAUUGAGGCGGCCUUAAAGGCGAUGGUGAAGCCCAAACCGGCCAAUCUGCUGUGGGUGGAAACCACCUGCGAGCUCGGUGGGAAGCUUGCCGGCCCGGCUUCAAUCUUUUCGGUAGACUUUCGCGGGCCAGGCGGUGUCUCGGGGCGAGUGACUGGGCUGCGCGGAGGCUACCCAGACAAGGACGCCAUGGCGAAAGCUGUUGCUGAGUUACGGAGCUGUUGGCGGGGUGAGACAAGCCUUGAGCAAGGUUAUUUGCGCGCAGCACUUCCCGCCACUUGCCUGGCCCGGGAAUUGCCGCAGGACACCUUCCCCUCCUUCGAGGCGGAUGACGGGCUCUUCUUCCAAGCUGCUCCUCCUCCUGCUGCCGCUCCAACCCCCGUAGAGGUGUCUCCCCAGUAUCUUCCUGCCGCCAUCCCCGAAGCUUCUGAAGCCCUUGCCCCUCCUCCUGCUGAACCAGCCGACCCGGCUUCCCCUCGGUCGGCUCCUGAUAACCUGUCUCCUCCUCCGAAUGUAGUCCUGCUUAUCUCCGAUUUCCCCUGCGAUCCGACAAUUGUGCCGCGCCCCCCCCUAUGCCAUCCCCUCCUUCGAGGGGAAUUGCCGCAGGACACCUUCCCCUCCUUCGAGGCGGAUGACGAGCUCUUCUUCCAAGCUGCUCCUCCUCCUGUUGCCGCUUCAACCCCCGUAGAGGUGUCUCCCCAGGAUCUUCCUGUCGCCAUCCCCGAAGCUUCUGAAGCCCUUGCCCCUCCUCCUGCUGAACCAGCCGACCCGGCUUCCCCUCGGUCGGCUCCUGAUAACCUGUCUCCUCCUCCGAAUGUAGUGUAA